GGACUGGUGCUUGGACAUUCUGAACGUUCUAAACAGUGACAUAGUCACCAUAACGAGCGAGUUAGACAAGAUAUUCAGCAAGAAGAAGGCGGGGUAGCUCCGGCAAACAUGCCGAUUCUGCCGAUAACGGCCCUGUCCUUAUCAGUGACUGCUAUUCCUCACCCUUGAUUCUCAGCUUUCAAAACAAUGCGUCCCCCGCUGCGCAUCGCUGUGCUGGAAUGCGACACGCCCGUGGAUAAAGUAAAAGCCAAAUUCGGGACAUACGGCGAUGUCUUCAAGCUACUCCUGGAAACCAGCGCGUCAACCGUGAAAGGCCUCGAUGCCAGAAGCGACUUGGUGAUCUCAAAAUGGGAUAUUGUGAACGGGACAGAGUAUCCAAAAUUGAAAGAUAUUGAUGCCAUUCUAUUAACUGGCUCGAAACAUGACUCUUUCGCGGACGUCCCCUGGAUUCACAAGCUUGUCGAGUUUACUCAAGAGGUUUAUGCACAAGAUCGGGUGCGAAUGAUUGGGAUAUGUUUCGGUCAUCAAAUCAUUGGCAGGGCUCUUGGUGUCCCUGUCGGACGAAGUGAUAUAGGCUGGGAGAUUGCAGUGUGUGAUAUCAAUUUGACGGAAAAAGGCAAGCAACUGUUUGGAAAGGAGAAACUUAGCUUACAACAAAUGCACCGAGAUAUCGUGGCAGUGUACCCCAAAGAAGUCAUUGCACUCGGUUCCUCGCCUCGUUGCGCCGUACAGGGAAUGUAUAUUCCAGGGAAGUUGAUAACAGUCCAAGGACACCCGGAGUUCAACGGCGAAAUUAUGUCGGAGCUUCUCACGUUGCGAAAUAAACAAGGCAUCUUCUCGGACGAACAAUUCAACGAAGCAAUAAAAAGAGCAGACAUUGUACAUGACGGAAUCGCUGUCGGAGCGGCAUUCUUGAGAUUCUUGCUCGAAGAUUGAUAAAUACACCAGAUACCCAGAACAAAUAGAUAGACUAGACCAAGUAUUAUACAAUGCGGAUGCUUUUUGUUUUUGUUGUUUUUUUUUCUUCUUUUUUUUGAACGAUACACAUGCUAUGCAUAGCUGGGUAGACGCCGAAUGCGCCAGGAAGCAACCUUUCAUCAUAAACCAAAAAUCAUUGAUGUUAUUGAUUCGGAUCUUCACGCUCUAAGAAAGAGGGGUCCAUAUCAAUCCGACGCUCAAAUUUCGUCCACCAGUCCCGAAAGCUCUUCAAAGGAACAACAUCUUCUCCUUUUCUAUUGGGGUCCGAUUCUGCAAAGCUGGCCAAAAAGUUAAAUGCAUUGCCAAUAACCCUUUGCGCUAAUAUCUUUGUCGUUAUUUGCUUUUGUUGUGGAGGCAGCCGGACGAGAUCUGUGGACGGUUGCUGUGUCCCUCGCGACGCAUUUAAUGCUGCCAUUUGUGCCGCCACAUUCUGUGCGGGUUCUAUCGAUAUUCCUAGUGUGACCUGACCGUUUAUUAUAUCGUUGCCAUCAUCUACCAUCUCAUCAUCUAUUCCUGUCUGUGUCUGUUGUGUCCCAGAUCCAACUUUAAAUAUAGCGGAUGGCUUCUCAUUCCCAAUUGCGCCCAAAAAUCGGAACUCGGACCCAUUGGGCGUCUGUUUUGAUGUCGGUGUCUGAAGGUAAAUCGCCGCUGCAGUGUCCGGUGGUAGUACGGUGCCAGGGAGGAAGAAGAUGACGAUAUGGUUGAAUUUCGGUGCGGCGGGGAAUAUGAAUGCAAACUUUGUGGGUUGGACGCCUGGUUGUGCGUCUACGGCGGUGAUGUCUGUCAGGCAUGGUCUACCUGGUAUGACGACUGAGAACAUUUCUGCAGUUUUUAUUCCCUCCUUGUCGAGAUUGACGAGGCUUGCAAUUGGAUCUCGAGCUGCAAUGCCCUUCUUAAGUAAAUGAUGUCAGGCGGGGCUGCGAAUUUGUGACCGAGAGGCUGGAUUGUCUCAAUAUAGCUCUUAUCCUCUGCAAUUGAGCUGGAUCUAUAAAUAUAGACCCUUUAUUGAAAGGAGAGUAGAUAUGAUAAACAAAGAAUGUUCCUGCAUAUGCGAGUAAAGAAGUAGAC